AUGUCUGCAGACGGCGGUUCAUGCUCAGGCUCGGGGUCUACCUCGGGCGACGAGAAGGUUGUGGACCUGACGUACCAGGCGCCAGGGGUAGCGGAAGCGCUGGACGCCGAGGUGGAGGUGGUGGACGCGACAGGGAAUGGGUGGACGGAGAUGGAGCUGCUGAAGGGACUGGCCAAGUUGCAGACUGUGUGCUUGCGGAACAACAGGGUGAGCAAGGUGGAAUGUCUGGAGGCGGCCACAGAGCUGGAGGAGCUUGACCUGUAUGGCAACUCGGUCAAGGUCAUCGAGGGUGUGGCUCACCUCUCCAAGCUCGUCAUCCUCGACUUCUCGUUCAAUCUCAUCCGGUCGAUGGCCCCGCUCGGUGUGCCCGACAUUUCGUUUACCGGCCUGCGCAAGCUGUAUCUGUGUUCGAACAAGAUCACCAAGAUCGAGGGGCUGGAGAAGCUGACGGCCCUGGAGAUGCUCGAGCUCGGAUCGAACCGGCUGCGGACGAUCGAAGGCCUGGAGACGCUCACAGCGCUGCGGGAGCUGUGGCUUGGGCGCAACAAGCUCGAGAAGAUCACCGGGCUGGAGAACCUGACCAAUCUGGAGAUCUUGGACUUGCAGUCGAACCGGCUGACCAAGCUCGAGGGGCUCGAGGCCAACACCAAGCUGACGGACCUGUACCUGGCACACAACGCGAUCGAGAGCCUCGAGGGCAUUGCGCAGCUUGUGGCGCUGGAGACGUUUGACAUCUCAAACAACGCGCUGUCGGCGAUUCCGGCCGACGAGCUCCCGCGAGCAGCGCUGACCGAGUUCUGGAUGAACCACAACACCGUGAGCGACUGGGCCGACGUCGAGGUGCUCAAGGACGCACCUCAGCUCGAGACGGUGUACUUUGAGGGCAACCCCAUUGCCGAGCACCCGCGGUACCGCGCCAUCAUGGCCGACACGCUCCCGCAGAUCAAGCAGAUCGACGCGACGCUGAUCCGGACGCGGAUGUAA